AUGGCCAAGUCACACAUCGAAAUUGCAAAACAACUUAAACAUAAUUCAAUAGAAUUAAAAGAAUAUUUUGAAGAUCUCUAUAACUGGCAAAAUGAUAUAAAGAAAAAAGAAGAAAAGGAAAAGGAAGAAAUCAAACUUAAAAAUAUAUACAACAACAAUAAUAAUAAUAAUAAUAAUAAUAAUAAUAAUAAUAAUAGUAAGGGUUUCGAAAAAAAUAUAGGAAAUAUCUACAAUAAAAAUAUAAAAUUCUCAUAUCUUAAAAGAGAUUGUAAUUCAUUGGAUACAUAUUAUAAAGCAUGGGACAAAUUAAAUAUAGAUGAUAUUGAGAACAGUACUGAACAGGUUAAUGAAAAAUACGAAGAUAUUCAUAAAAAUUAUGAACAUGUUAAUAAAAAAUAUGAAAGUGAUCAUAAAAAUUAUGAACACGUUAAUAAAAAACAUGAAAGUAUUCAUAAAAAUUAUGAACAUGUUCAUAAUAAUAGCCAUAAUGACACUAUAUUUUGUGAAAAUUAUAAAAAUAAUAUACAAAUAGAAAACACACCAAAUUUAGUACAAAAUAAUGAUAAUGGAAACGAAAAUGAAACGUUGAAUCACAAGAGAGAACAAAACAAUCAUGUAGAAGGAAUCCAUAGUGAUCUUUAUAUAGAAAAAAGUCAGUCAUCUCAUGACAUAAGUAAUUUAAAUAAUAAGGAACAUAUAAUAAAACAAGUGUAUAAAGCAUAUGAAAUAUAUUUAGCUAAAAAUGAAGAAGGGAAAUUAAAUUAUCAAAAGAAGAAUUAUCAUAGGUGUUUAGAAAAUUACAAUGAUAUAAUAAAUUACAUAGAUUACGAAUUAAAAUGUGACAAUAUAUUUAUUGAAAUAGAGAAAAAUUGUAAUAAUGAAUUACAUAUAGAAGUCAUAUCAGAUAAUUACAACUUUGAUAAGAAAAAAGAAGAAUUAUAUAUUGUACGUACAAAAACGCUUAUAAAUCGUUCUUUGGUAUAUCAAAGAUUAUCAGCACACUUUGAAAGUAUAGAUGAUUGUUCUACAGUAAUUUUAUUUUAUAAUUAUUUUUUACCAAAUAUGAAAAAUAAUACAACAUAUAAUAUUAAAGACCUGGGUAACAUGAAUAUUAAAAAUAUUAUAUUUAAGGCAUAUUAUUUAAGAGGUAUAGCAAGAUAUAAAUUAAGAAUAUAUAAAUUAUCACUAAAUGAUUUUAAGGAAUCUAAAAUUUUAUCUAAUGAUAUAAAUUCAAGUACAACAAUAAAUAUUGAUAACACCAUUCAUGUUGUUGAGGAUAUAAUUGAGAAAAUUAAUGUGAAAAAAUAUAUAAGAAGACGAAAUGAAUAUACAACUAUCCCUGUGAAUAAUUCUAGAUUAAAGCCAAGAAAAUUAACCAUUGAAAUUAUACCUGAGGAAUAUACAAAAGGUAUAACCUUUUUUGAUAAAUUAUCUCAAAAAAAUAAGAAUUCUACAAAUAAAGAUAUUCAAUUUUUAGAAGAUGAACAUAAAAGUAAUUUGCAUCAUGAUAAUUAUGAAGAAAUAGAAUAUAAAAAGCAAAAUAUAUCUUCUAAAAAAGAAAUAAUAAAAAAUGAAGAUAGUGAUGAUCAAAAUGGUUAUGAUAAGGAAAUAUUAGAUAGGGAUGGAACAGAAAUAGAUAGAGAUAUAUAUAAAAAUUCUAUUGACAAAGGAGACAUACAAGAAGAAAAUAAAAAAAUCAAAGACAAAAAGAAAAGUAUUUUACGAAACAGUUAUAAAAAAAUAAAUAAUAGUUUAAAAGAGAAUAAUAUUUCUAGAAGCCAAAGUAUAGAGAGUAAUAAUAGUAGUAUAACAUUAAGUGAUGAAUCAUUGUAUAGUGAUAUAGAAAAUGGUAAUUCUGGCAAUCUAACAAGUUUAUCAUUACAUAAAAAAGGACUAAAUAAUAAUAAUAAUAAUAUCAACAAUAUUAGUAGUCAUAAUAAUUAUUGUUCUGCACAAAUAAAAAACAAAAUAAACUUUGAGAUUUUAUGGAAUUCAAAUAAGAUAAGAACAAGUUUUAAGAAUCAAAUAGAUAUUUUAAGAACUGCAUUUUUAGAAGAAGGAAUAUUUCAUUUUCAUUUAGACAAAGAUAUGUAUGUUGAUAUAUUAGAUGCUUUAUUUAAAAAUAAGUUUCUCCAUCUUUUUGAAAAUAUACAAGAUGAUGAAGAAAGAAUAAAAAAUAUAUUAGCAAUAAAUAAUGAUAACAACAUAAGCAAUUAUAAUAAGAAAGAAAAGAGUCAAUUUAUAAAUUGUAACGAUUGUAUAAUAUUAAUAGAUAUAUUAUAUCACUUAACCGAUCAUGGGAAGGAUAAUUAUAUCUUUCUUUUCAUUGAUAAGGACGAAAGAGCCAUUUUAUUAAAUUUCUUGACUUUCUCGAUAAAACAUAUAAAUACUUUUAUGGGUGGAGAAAAAUGCAUAAAGGAGAACAUGGUGUUAUUAAAAAGUUUGAUCGAAGGAUUGAUUUAA